AUGUAAAAUGUAAAAAUUGCAUUUUUCAAGUAUCGCUUUACGCUAUUUUCACUUCCGUUGUUAAAAGAAAGAAACGUGGGGGAAAAUACGAACACGAAAAACUUUAAUUACACAUAGAAAAUGAUUUUAGGGCAACAGUUAUUGAUUGCUAAAAAAUAGAAAUAUUCUUGUACAAUAUUUAUGAUAUUUGCAUCCGUUCUUUUAUCACAAGAUAUACAUAGCCAUGCCUUAUAUUUUUAUUUUACACCAUUUUGCCAUAGGGAUCAAAACAAAGAAGAAAGCCUAAUGUCUUCCUUUAUACACAAAUCUUUUAUUGCCAUAGAAAAAAAUACACGUUCCUUUAUAAGAAUCAAGCUUUCGUUUAAAAGCUUUUAAAAAAAAGUCGAAAGGAAAAUUUCCGAAUUCUACCGAGGAAGUGCUGUUUAUGAAACAUUUUAAUUUGUAAAUACAAUUUUUAAUUUAAUGUGUUGUGUGGGAGGCAUGCCUUAAUAGUAAAUUUAUCCAUAUGAAGGUCCAUGAUUGACAGGCUGUAUUCCAAAGGGGUAUUUUUUUUUUAAUUGAAAUUAGCAUGCGAGAGAGUUGGCUACUAGUCUAGUCGUUUAUAAUGUUUGAUAAGACGUGUUUUCUUCCCCGACAUAGGUUGAUAGGUGACUCUCAUUUACGCUUUUUGUGUACUCAGGGGGCGUACACUAAAAGCAACCGCUUUAUCAAAUACAAAGAAAACUACCGACUUUACUGCUAAUGCAGACAAAAUGCUAAAUAGCCGAGGUUGCCUGUGCUAUUACGUUCGAUGUCAGAUGUUCCUCUAAUUGCUUCCUUUAUUCCUAUAAAUGUCUUUUCUGGGAUUAUUAGUUGCCUUUUAGUAUCAAGAAAAGUGCGAUGACAAUAGGGUGGUGGUUUGAGUUUAGCAUUUCGUUAAAAAUGCGCGAAUCUUAAUAUUAAUAAAAUCUUGAUAAUUAAAAAGCAUACAAUUUUUUAUCUAAAGAAACCAGAAUAAUCUGGACAAAAUGGCGAACAAUGUUUCUUUUCUUUCUGGAAGUAGACUUUAAAAUGUAUAUUUGUAGCGACAGGUUUGUGAUAUUUUCAUAUUUGAAAAUUUGAUAUUUUCUUGUUAUUCACCAUCAUCUCGUGAUAGUUUAUUUUUUGCUUUUUUUAUCGUAAACCACAAGAAAUUUGUGAAAGGAAACAAGCGAGCGCUUUCAAUUACCGGGGAGACUAAAGUCUUAAAAUCAUGCAUUUCAAGAAGUUUUUCGCCAAAAUAUUUGACAAAACAUCUAAUUUUUUAUACCCUCAAGGAAGAGGUCGGGAUGUAAGUUUCUUUUUUUUUUUUUCAUAAGUUUUGCUAGUGAGUUAUGGGGGACUUGAUUUACUAUAGUUACUGUGACAAAGUUUGUCGUUUGUAGCGUAGUUACUAAUUAUACGUUUGCAAAAAUGUACAAAAAACUGCAGUUGAGAAAAUACGUUUGUUUUGUCACUGACCUACGUAUACCAUAUAUUGGGACGAUGAAUAUAAAAUAAGUCUAUCAUUCUGCUGAAUUGUCAGUAGAGUCAAAAGUGAGACACAUUACACACAAAGUUGUUGUGAGUAAUGCGUUCUGUUUGUCAUGGAAACGACUUGAAGGGGCUUGCCUUCCCAGAAUGCAUUUCCUUUUUGUUUCCAUCAUUACAAUGCAUUUCCUUUUUGUUUCGAUCAUUACGAAGCCUAAGCCAUAUGCGGAACAUUUUUGCGACUUUUCAAAACUCUUCUAUUAAGUUUUGAGCCUUCCAGCCGUUCAGAACAAAUGUUUAGAUUUUUACUAGUGACUUCAAAGUCCUUGUCUCCCAUGAUGCUCUGCAAGACGCCUGUUCAUGUUUCACCUAGGAUGCUUGCGGCUUUUUGCAGUGGUUUGGGGUCGCCGUUGUUCUGGCACGCCACUAUCUCAAGCGUCACUGAUAAUUAACCUAAACAUGUUACUGACUGUUGAGAGGAAGACAUUUAUAGAAACACAGCAUCGACCAAUGUGACUUAAGCAUUUGGCGUGUGCUUUUUUCGUAGGUUAUGAUAUAGUCGUAUUUUUAGUUUCAUUGCUUUUCUUUUUGGACCCCCAUUAAGAUGAUAACCUGUAGUAGCGACUCAUUUAGCACGGUUCCUAGGAUGGCCAUUCUAUUUGUUUUACAGUGAAAAGCAGGUGCUUGCUCACAAAUGAUAUGGCUUUUGAUUAUUCUAACAGACGCUACCCCACGUAAUUUACGAUCUAUUUUAAAGUAACCAGGGCCCAUAGCGUUAUAAAAACUAACGCGAGUUAUUUGUUUUUUUUUUAUGAACAUUUGAUAUUGAUAGUAAAAAUUGUUAGCUGUCGAAACCAAAGAAACAAUUAAUAAAGCUUAAAAUUCUUAACUUACCGUGAGUGAUUGUUCAUUCACUUCAAGCAGCGUCCAUUUCAUAGCGAACUCCGAAUUCGAUUAGAAAAAUUCUUGAAUCAUUAUUUUUCAUUUUAAUUAAUAGUGAAAAGAUAUUGAUCAAGAAAGCAUUUGGCGAAAUUCCAUAACGGGAGUUUUUUUUUUUUUUUUUUGGAAAGAUGAACGAAGGAGAAGGAGGUAGAGAAGCUUCUACAAAACAUUCAGCCGAACCAUGAAUAACGUAACUUCCAUAAGAUUAACACCGUUUUAUUUCCUUCCCAGCAGGUGCUCUGUGACUUUAGACGUUUUCAAACAAAAGAAAUUGCAUUUUUUUCUAAAUUUCUAGAGAAAACAUACGGGUUGUGGCUUUGAAGACCUGUGUUUAUUUAAGUUUGUUGACAUUUGAGUUUUCCUUGUUUGAACACCUAGCUUCUGUCUAUAUACUUGUCAAACGGUUUCGCCAGUAACCCAUGUGUUAAACAAAUUGAAGAAUUCGCUAUGGAAAAAAAUGUGAAAAAUUGGGAUAAUUUAUUCAUCGGGUUCUAUGUAAAUUACCAAUAAUCACGUCUCAUCAGAUUCAACCCUACUUUGCAGCACAAUUCUUCGUUAUCCCUCAAACUAAUAAACAAAUUCCCGAUAAUUACAGCGAAUGUUAUAAAACUUUUAUGGGAAAUUUAAAGGAGCGAGCUGUGAGAUGACUUAACAGACUAUACAAGCAAACUCCGGCAUGACAUGAUAUUAGAUCUCAACUAAGUCCGGCAAACUUGAAGGCUUAAAUAAGUAAUGAAGUGGCUUGAACCCUGUAUAACCGCAGAACGGCAAGCAGCCGUUAUACAAGGGCUGCCAUUAGCAUGGAUGUUUUUCAAAGGAGAAGAAGUAGCAACUCGAGCCGGCUCAUCUUAGAUCUCGACAUCUGGAUAAUAUCUUUGAAUCCCCAUAACAGCCAUGAGAUAUCACUCAUGCUCGAGGCGUCCAUCUAUAUAAGAUACUAUUAGGAUUUAACCCUUGCUUCCCCACAUGUGAAGGACGAAUCGUAGUACUUCCAAGGCUGUGGUUUAGACUUUAUGGAUGGAAAUACAACAGGAAAAAAGGAUGUCCUCCCUGGUGAGUUUCCACAGCAGGCCGUUAUCGGUUUGAUGUUUUUCUUUAGCAUAACCGACAUUACAAACAUCAUCGGUAACACGUUGGUUUUAGCUAUAGUGUUUGGGAAUUCCCGCCUACAAACGAACACAAACAUCUUUAUCACGAAUCUUUGCCUCGUGGAUCUGAUUUCCGGCAUUCUCUUGAUGCCCAUGGUUAUGAACGCUUUGGUGACCAAUGAAGCAAUGGCUGGAAGACUCUGUGAAUUUAGUGCGUUUAUCGACGCUAUAUAUUCCACGGGCUCUUCACUCACCAUCGCUACCAUAGCCGUCGAUCGCUAUCAUUCCAUCGUGAACUGCCUUUACUACGAAACAAUCGUCACGCAUAAAAGGACUGUUUUAGCUAUAAUAUGGAUUUGGGUGCAAACGCUUGUUAUCUCGAUCUGCCCCAUUCUAGGCUGGGGGACUUAUUCGUUUGACCCGCAUCAACUCAAGUGCUCUCUGCAGCUUCCGGAUAAGCAUGGAUUUCUUUACUUUUUGACAAGCACGAGUGUUGUCCUUCCGUAUACUAUGCUGGUUUUCUGCUACACUCAGAUCCACUUAGUCGCGAGACGACACGCUAGAAGCAUGGUCGCCAUACAAAUCCAUGAUACUGGAAGACGCAUCAAAUCCAUAUCCUCGCGCAAGACAAAACUUGUGUACCUAGUGGUCGGUCUGUAUAGUGUUUGCUGGUUGCCUUACUACAGUAUACAAGUUUUACAGAGCACCAUGCCCGGCUUGGGUAUUCCCUCAGUCGUGGUAACGCUCGCGACCGCCUUAUCUUUGUUGAACGGUUCAUGUAACCCCUUUUUAUACGCUCUUAUCACGAGUCAUUAUCGCGUGGGUCUGCGUAGGCUUUAUCGGCGCUGGAAAAGACGGGUGGGAAGGACUAACGUCUCCCCCUCUGUUGACCCUUCUAAGAGCUCCUGGUCGUUCUCCAGGCCUAUUUCUAGCUUGUAUCGGUUUCUGCAAGACCAACAGGAUACAGGGAUCACUCUGAAAUGCGUUGCGCCCAUCAACGAGAGUUCAAUCGCUGGGGUGAGCGGACUGCACGAAGGGAGUAAGGUUAGUCUACGAGCGUCUACUCCUGAUAGGUCGGAAAAACAAGUGUUACUAAAACCCACUGGACAAACUCUACAGUUGCCUGAUCAUCAUCGCAACCAUCGCGUCAAAAAAGUCGCAAGCGCGGAGAAGUUAAACUACGCAAAUGGGUGGACGCCAUGCUUGACUGUCCCCGAUCUUCAUACUUUACCGCGAAAAUCAUCUAAAGCAAAGAGGAGGAGCAGAGAUUUGGAUUCAGAGGAGCACGUGACUUGCACAAAGCAUCGCGUCGUGGAUGAGAGGAUAGAUGAGAUGGCGGAGAUGGCGGAGAUCGAAACUGACUCCAAGCCGAAAAUAGGUAGCGAAAAGAAGGUGGGAGUUGCUGAGGCCGGGAAGGCGUGUAGGAUAUUAGUACGGGUUAAGGGAACCAAUGAUUAUGAUGUCCAUAUUACAAUAAUCAAGGGCGCUGGGGGUGUGACGAAGAUUGAGUAUGUGACCAGUCUUGAAGAACAAUCCACAAAAGAGACACGUGAAGGGAUUGAACAUCGCGUAAGAAUUAGCUCGAAGAGGACUAAAGAUUGUGCUGUAUCGGAGGAGAAAUGUUCGGAGGGAAAUAGCGAAAAAAAUGAGCUCGACUGCUUGGCUUGGAAAAAUAAUACGGAUAUGGGUAAUGGUGAGAUAAAAGGAGAUGUGGAAAAUAAGGAACAGAUGAGUUCCGGGACUGGUGAAAAUGAGUAUGAGUCCACGGCUAAAGAGAACCAAGGUGUUAUUAUAAGAGAGUCGCCCGGGAAGCAGAAAGGUGAAUCAAAUCAUCAAAAUUCUGGCGAGAAAAGAAAUAUAAAUAGAGAUUGUGGUAUAGGGGAAUCAAUUAAAUCAAAUGUGGAACGGAUUCCGGAAAAGGUGGAACGUGAAGACCAGAAUACUUGUAUUUUCAAAUACAGUUCCACAAAAGCGAGAUUAAAACGAAUAGGGAAGCAGGCAAGAAAAAUUAGUUGUAGUAGGGAGAGUGUAGCAAACGAGGGAGAGAAAAGGUUAUCAGCAGACAGCAACGAAGAUAUUGAGUGUUUGGUCAAUGAAUGGGCUGAUGAAGACGGUAAUAGCGAAUCGAGUCCUCUGAAAGAUGCUGACAAUACGCGAGACGACGGUACACCCGAUGGGCAGGUUGAGGGAUGUGACAAUGACAUGAAUGAGUUGACGCAAGCGCCUCUUCUUGAACGCUCUAACUCGUCAGACAGCUAACACCGAUAAUACCAGCGCAGGCAGCUGGCGGUGGUGUAUAGGAAAAAGAUGGCAGAUGGCAUAGUAACGUCGAACAAGUCGUUACAUUUUUUAGUCUUUCUAUAUUAUUACAUUCACCGGCGCUACAUUUAUGAUCUUUACAUGAAGAACCCUAAAAAAACAUAAAUGCAGUGCAUUGCGGGUAACAUAGACUGGUCCUAUUCAAGCUACACCUAAAGCCUGGUUCUCACUAGGACGCAAGCACAAACGCAAGCGUGACACAAGUAAGAAUCCGUCAAACAUAAGCGCUAGAAAAUCAAGCACGUCUACGUUCUCUUGCGUUUGCUCUUGUUUUCCAGUGAGAAUAACGUGCGUUACCCUUGCAUCCAAGUGAGAACCAGCCUUUAAAAACAAAGGAUUUCUGAGGAAAUGGAAUAACCUUGAGUCAAAAAAUGUCAUCAGGGUAGUUUGCUUUAGGGCCAACCUGGUAUGCCUUGCGUGACAUUAGGUGUUGACUUGCGUGACACCAAAUGUUGACUUGCGUGAGCUAGGCAACACGGGUAGUUCGAGCUCAGUCCUUCCCAUACAUUUUUGCCUGCCUCGCCCUUUUCUUGUCAGACAAUGGGUACGAGUUAUACACUAACAAAACCAACAUAAUGAGAUCGCGACGCCUAUAUGAAUGCCACUUCUACAUCUAUUAUAAAUAAUGACUAUUUAUUUAUGGCUCUCCUGUAUAUAUCGCUUUCUCGCCGAACACCCACUCAUUAAUGAAGGCGUCAUACUCUUUAAGCGCUAUCAUGAUGGAAUUGGCUUCAGACUAACAUGAUUAUAAGUUGCCUUUAACUAUUCAAAGCGGGGGUGCAACGCUGUUUGAUGUCCACAUCAUGUGAGAUUAAUGAGUUUUUCUGUUCUAAAAUAAAUCAUCUUAAACGCC